CCCUCUAUCUCUAGCUAAAGUGCUUCUGAUGCGUUAGUGUAAACAUCUGCUCCACCACUCGGUAAACUAGUCUUCUUGGUGACCAGUGUAGCCUGGCCUUUUACUCAUAAUAGCCCUUGUUACUCGCAACGCCUCGUUGCUAUUGUCCUCACUACCAAUUCCAAGCGCCCUUGACUCUCAAUUCCCGAAAACGAAGCAAGAAAUAGAAUCCGGCAAUUCCAACAUGACGUCCUUGCAGCCCAUCAAGCUUUUCUGGCGAAACCAAGUACCCAAUCCCUCCAAAGUCCUCAUCAUCUUGGAGGAGCUUCACCUUCCUUACGAAUCCUCAUGGGUCGAACUCGACGGCCUGAAGACCAAGCCCUUCACCGACGUGAACCCUAACGGCCGAGUUCCCGCUAUCAUCGAUCCCAAUACCGGUCUUACUCUCUGGGAAUCAGGUGCCAUUGUCCAGUACCUCAUCGAUACAUAUGACAAAGACCACAGAAUUUCCUACAAUACAUUCCCAGAACAAUAUCAGUUGAUCCAAUGGUCUUACUUCCAGGCAUCAGGACAGGGUCCGUACUUUGGACAAUCCGCAUGGUUCAACCUCUUUCACGAGAAGAUCUACGGCGAAUCCCCCGAAAGCGCCAAGGUGCGCUACGGUGCUGAGGUCAAGCGUGUAGCGGGUGUGUUGGACUCUGUUCUGAAGGAGCGCGAUUGGCUCGUGGGUGACAAGUGCACGUACGCAGACCUGGCGUUCGUCAUGUGGAAUAUGCAGAUUGCGUUCUUCAUGGCUGGUCGUGAAGGCGAUCAGGCGUGGCGUCCCGAGGAGUUUCCUCAUUUCACACGGUGGCAGGAAGCCAUGCUGGCGAGGGAGUCGGUCAAGAAGGUGGUUGGGGUGUUGAUGGAUAAAGAGGUGAAGAGCCCUUGAUUAGAUGGGUGGUUUCGAUGAUAGGCGAAAUACAAGUAGUUGUAAUGUUCGCCGGUGAUAUCUUCGAUAAGUCUUGUUGGUUAUAUAUUUCUUUCCUAGGUACUAAUGCAGUUGUCGGUGCGAUGAACACACAAAGCGCGGUCACAGCUCCUUGUCAUCUUUACUAAACAAA